UCUGGAUCGACGAAGCGAAACGGCCUUUUCCUUCUUCUCUUUUCCCCAUUUCGGCAGAUAAACAGAUGCUCAGAUGCCGAAGCACCCAUACAGUACUAUGUACUAUAGUUGCUUCCCACUGGCAUGUGAAUAGGUAGGGAAUACUAGUGGUCAAAGAAUGCAGAUUAUGGUCUAGAAUAAGGUAACGCCUACCGUUUCAAUGCAUGGAUCAAGGAGCAGAAAACCAACAUCACAUCUCGGUCCUCCGGUUGCACUGUGCCUGUACAAACAGAUUAUGUUUUCUGAAGAACUGAAAACCAAUACCCAGUAGCAACCGCACCGCUCCCCAAAACCCCAAGAAUAGAGACAGAAGAGAACCAAGAUGGCACACAUCUACGACCUCGCGGCGCAAAUUGCCCCGGGUCCCAACUACAUCAACGGCAAAAAGUCCUCCGACCAGACCAAAUUUCCGGAGACAGGCGUCUUUUCGGGCUUCAACCUCCCAUCCCGACUUGAAGGCGACAUCAUCGACCUCGAAGUCGACGGACUGAUCCCGCCCGAGAUCAACGGGACAUUCUACCGCGUCCAGCCGGACCACCGGUUCCCGCCCAUAUUCGAAGACGACAUCCACUUCAAUGGCGACGGGAGCGUGACGGCGAUUCGAAUCCAGAACGGCCACGCGGACUUCAAGCAGCGGUACGUGCGGACGGAACGAUACCAGGCCGAAACUGCGGCUCGCAAAGCCCUGUUUGGACGAUACCGCAACCCCUACACGGACAACGAGACCGUGAAGGGAGUCAUUCGCACCGCGGCAAACACCAACAUCACUUUCUGGAGAGGUGUAUUGCUGGCUUCGAAGGAGGAUGGUCCGCCCUUCAUCAUGGACCCAGUGACACUCGAGACUAUUGGACGGUAUGACUUUGAAGGGCAGAUCUUGACGCCUACUUUCACUGCACAUCCGAAAUUCGACCCGGACACGGGCGAGAUGAUCUGCUUCGCUUAUGAGGCGGGCGGAAACGGACAUGAUGGAUCGAACGAUAUUGUGGUAUGGACCAUUGACAGAGCCGGACGCAAAGUCGAGGAAACUUGGUACAAGGCUCCCUUCUGUGGUAUGAUUCAUGAUUGUGGCAUUAGUGAAAAUUACCUUGUUCUCCCUUUGACGCCGAUCAAAUGGACUUCGAUGGAUACGCUGCAAAAAGGUGGUAACCAUUGGGCAUGGGAUCCCAAUGAGGAUCAGUGGUACGGUGUUGUGCCUAGAAGAGGUGCGAAGUCAGAGGACAUUGUUUGGUUUCGAGCAGAUAAUGCUUUUCAUGGCCAUACUGCAGGCUGCUAUGAGAACGACGACGGCCACAUCGUCUUUGACCUAACAGUGGCCGAUGGCAACGUCUUCUUCUUCUUCCCGCCCGUCAACGAGAAAGAAGCGCCUCUCGCCAAACGCAAUCAACUGCAAAGUCCCACUUGUCGCUGGAUAUUCGAUCCCAAGGCCAAGUCGGGCACACGAGUCACUCCAGCAGAGAGGUGGAUGACCAACGGGGAAUUCUCUCGCAUUGAUGAUCGAUACGUGACCAAGAAGUACAACCACUUCUGGCAGGCCAAAGUCGAUCCAACCAAGCCUUACGACUUUGCCAAGUGUGGUUCGCCCGCCGGAGGUCUCUUCAACUGCUUGGGCCAUUAUAGCUGGGAUGACAGGACCGAGGAUGUCUUUUUCACCGGUCCCAAGGCCACCUUCCAGGAACCGACUUUUAUACCAAAGGAAAACGGCAAGGAGGGAGAAGGGUAUAUCAUCGCCCUGCUCAACCAUCUCGACGUGCUCCGUAAUGAUAUCGUCAUCUUUGAUGCACUGCAUGUGGCUAAGGGGCCGUUGGCCGUCAUUCACUUGCCUUUCAAGCUGAGGUUGGGUUUACAUGGCAAUUUCGUCGACCAGAGAGACAUUGCCGAAUGGCAACGAAGGCGGUCGGAAACCGGUGAUGUUGGCCCUGCUCAACCUGCAAGAGAGCCACUACCUUGGCAGGUUCGGCAGCGACAUAUGGAGGCGCAAAAUGGCCUAGUCGGAGAGGUACACGCAUUAAACGGGACCACUCAGGUCAAUGGAGGUUCAGCACAUGGCGAAUGAAGUCGCCAGCGAGCGGCGAGGACAUUGUCCGCAAUGCACAAUGUAUAUUACAGUAGUUGCUUGUUGUUAUGGCAGUUCAGGAGUGUUGUGGAGACAUCAUUUGGCAGUUUUCACAGUCAGCUGUGGCUCAUUGCUAACUAUUUCUUCCGGC